AUUGACAUCUGCUUCUCUUGUCGCUAAGGUAAAUGGCGGAGGCCAUCAAAACCAUAAUGCCAAUGUCACUUUGAUUACAUUCUAACAGGCGGAGUUGGUGACGUCCUCAUUUGUGAAUGAGGCUUUCGCGAGCUCACGGUUCAGUUGAGCAACUGAUGAGAGCGUGGAAGGGUCCCAACCAAGCUUAGAAAUAAGAAGAAAACAAACUCAAAUGGAUUCCCGUGGAAUUAAGCGCUUGUUGUUUUCCUAUGUAUUAAUUAACGGUAUAUUUAUUACACUGCAAUCUAAAGAAGAGGUGCUGUUGGAUAUGAGGGCAUCAGGGAGUGAGCUAGGCUGGCUGACCUGGCCCUAUGAACAAGGAUCCAAGCAAGGGUGGGAGGUGGUCCAGAGGAGUCUGAAUGGCUCCCAGUUGUACACCUACUCUGUGUGUAAUGUGGGUGAGCAUGAGCAGGACAACUGGCUGCGCACCACCUUCAUCCAGCGCCGCCUGUCAGCCUCUCGCGUCUUUGUGGAGCUGCAGUUCAUUGUGCGUGACUGCAACUCAUUCGAUGGCUCGUCGCUCACCUGCAAGGAGACCUUCAACCUGUUCUCCUCUGAGUCGGACGCCGACAUCGGCACCAGCUUCCGCAAGGGCCAGUUCAAGAAGGUGGCCACCAUCGCGCCGGACGAGAUCACCAGCCGCAACGAGCUGCGCAUCAACACAGAGACGCGGGUGGUGGAGAGCCUCAGCAGGAAAGGCUUCUACCUGGCCUUCCAGGACAUUGGGGCCUGCAUGGCACUGCUCUCUGUCAGGGUCUACUACAAGACCUGCCCGGCCACCAUCAAGAGCCUCGCAGCCUUCCCUGAGACAGUGGCGGGCGGGGGGGUGAACCAGGCCCUGAGGGAAGUAGCGGGGGUCUGCGUGGAGAACGCGGUGAGUGAGGAGUCUCCCCGCAUCUACUGCACGAUGGACGGAGAGUGGGUGGUGCCUGUUGGACAGUGCCAAUGCAUGCCCGGCUACGAGGCCGUCAACGACACAUGUCGAGAUUGUCAGCCAGGCUUCUUCAAAGCGUUUGUCUCCAACGACGCAUGUGAGCUUUGUCCUGUUAACACCAAGCUGCUGAGCUCCGGGGCACUGUUCUGUCCAUGUGCAGAAGACUUCUAUCGUGCUCCCGAUGACCCAACUACAGGGCCCUGCUCAGGCCUGCCCUCAGCACCGCGAGAACUGGUCGCCACGACCACCCAGCUGGCGGCAGGCAAGCUGCAGCUGUCAUGGAGUCCGCCGGAGGACACGGGCGGCCGCAGUGACAUCAGCUACAGCGUGGAGUGCCGGCGCUGCGAGGGCACCGCGUGCCAGCCAUGCGGGGAGAAGGUGCGCCUUGAGCCGGCCAGCUCAGGCCUGGUGGACACCAGGGUGGCAGUGAGCGAACUGGAGCCCCACCUCAACUACACGUUCACCGUUGAGGCCCACAGCGGAGUAUCGCUGUUCGCCAGCCAGGGGACGCCACGCUCCAACAGGCCCCCAUCCACCAGCACAUUGACCACUGCCCUGCACUACACAGACCCCCCCAAGGUGACGUCCAUGCGUCUGGACGAGCGGAGCCUCACCAGCCUUUCCCUGUCCUGGGCUGUAGCCCCCCGCAGGCCCGUGCCCCAGCCCACCCGUUACAAACUCACUUACCGCAAGAAGGAUGACAAUCUGGAUGUGACCACGUACACUGUUCUGAUUCUGGAGAAGAGCUCUGUGCAGAUCAGUGACUUGUCCCCAGGCACAGCCUACCUAUUCAGGGUACAGGCCCUGAGCCCCGAGGGCAGCCCUGGAGGAUCCAGCAUAGAGGAUGAAUUUGAGACACUGACUGAAGUGCCACUGUCCCAGAGCAACACAGGGGUCAUAUUCGGAGCAGCAGUUGGCGGAGCGGCCAUGUUGAUGAUUGUGGUGGUUGUCAUACUCAUACGAAAACGGAGAAGGCGAUCUCAUACAAGACAAGGACCAGAGGAUACUUACUUCUCUAGCUCAGAGCAACUGAAGCCGCUGAAGACCUAUGUGGAUCCGCACACGUACGAGGACCCCAACAUGGCCAUCCUCAAGUUUGCCAGCGAGAUCCAUCCCAGCCAUGUGACCAAGCAGAAAGUCAUUGGAGCAGGGGAGUUUGGAGAGGUGUACCGUGGAAUUCUGAAAGCGCCAGGGCGGAAGGAGGGGGCGGUGGCCAUUAAGACGCUGAAGCCGGGCUACUCAGAGAAGCAGAGGCAGGACUUCCUGUCAGAAGCGAGCAUCAUGGGACAGUUCUCCCACCAGAACAUCAUUCGCCUGGAGGGAGUCGUCACCAAAUUCAAGCAUGCCAUGAUUGUGACUGAGUAUAUGGAGAACGGCGCACUGGACAAGUACCUAAAGGAUCGUGAUGGCGAGAUGCCCUCCUUCCAGCUGGUGGGCAUGAUGCAUGGCAUCGCCGCUGGCAUGAAGUACCUGUCUGACAUGAGCUACGUUCACCGGGAUCUGGCUGCCCGCAACAUCCUGGUCAACAACAACCUGGAGUGUAAGGUGUCUGACUUCGGCCUGUCCCGAGUGCUGGAGGACGACCCUGAGGGCACCUACACCACCAGCGGUGGUAAGAUCCCCAUCCGCUGGACAGCCCCAGAGGCCAUUGCCUACAGAAAAUUCACCUCGGCCAGCGACGUGUGGAGCUUCGGCAUCGUCAUGUGGGAAGUCAUGGCCUUUGGCGAGCGCCCCUACUGGGACAUGAGCAACUGCGAGGUGAUGAAGGCCAUCAACGAGGCGUUCAGGCUGCCAGCGCCCAUGGACUGCCCAUCAGCCGUCUACCAGCUCAUGCUGCAGUGCUGGCUGCAGGACCGCUCCAAGAGGCCCCGUUUCCCGGACAUCGUCAGCCUGCUGGACAAGCUGCUCAGGAGCCCCGAGUCCUUGAAGGCUAUCGCAGACUUCGACCCCCGCGUAUCCAUCCGCCUGCCCAGCACAAGUGGUUCGGACGGCUUACCCUUCAGGUCGGUGUCAGAGUGGCUGGAGUCCAUCAAGAUGAGCCAGUACAGUGAGAACUUCACCUGCGCUGGCGUGGUCACCAUGGACCAGGUGCUGCAGAUGAAGAAUGUGGAUAUCAAGAACAUUGGCGUAAGACUGCCCGGCCACCUGAAGAGAAUUGCAUACAGCAUCCUGGGCUUGAAAGACCAGACCAGCACCCUGAGUGUAUUUGCAGUGUGACCCAAUGCUAGUGGUGCAGGAAUUUGAGUUGGGCAGCACUCUGACUGAACUUUGAACUCUGUGUUGGACUGGAGCGGAGCUGCGGGGACGGCUUUGGACAGACAAACUGAAAACCUCUUAGGGGCAUGGUCUAGCCAAAAGAGACUGACAAUACUGUGCAAUCUUAAAGAUUUCUAACAGACUUGUUAAGCGUAUCAAAAAAAAAAAGGAAUGGAGUAUUUUUGCAACAAUAGAUGUAUUGAUUAGACUGUGUAUAUUAUAUACUGUAUAUAUGUUAUUAUCCAUGUCAGUUGUAUAGAUACAGUUCAAUCCCCAAUCUUUGUUAAUAUUUAGUUUGCAUGCUUCCCCUCUCUCCCCUGAAACUAAUCAAGUGAUAAAAGUCUUGGAAUAGCUUGUACCGAGGUUGUCUCUUGUUUCCAUAGCAACUAAUAUUGAGAAGAGAAAAUUAAGAAGUCACAAAACCACUUACACCAAAGCAAUUAUUUGUGUGAAGUGGCGUGCUGUGGCCUUUUGGGUAUGAGUUUGGCGGUGUUGGUGCCAGUGAAAUGCAUUUUGGUCCAUGUAAUCUCUUGUAAACUAAUGAGAAUGGACUCGAAGCAGAGAGUGGACCUGAAUGGGCCUGGGCAGGAUGUAUGUUAACAUGAUGGUGCAUUUGUGUAUGCCACAGUCUUGAGGUUAUUGUCUUAGUCCAGUUUGGGAUGUUGUUGGCUACUGUUGUGCCUUAUCUGGGCUUGAUUUAGAUGUUAAGCUAUCAUAUGAAUUUGAGUUUAUAUGAAAAUAACGUGAAAAGAUAUGAGGUACACCUCAUGUUCAGUUUAACUGGCCGCAAACGCUUGUGUUAAUUGAUUGGGAUCAAGAACAUCACUUACAUUGAAGCACUUAAAUAAGUAACAAUUGGGAUGAGUUGUCUCAUCUAAAACAUCUAUCUUCUUGCCAUUAUUAUUAUCAUCAUGCCAUAGGAAGAUCAUUUGAAAUCAAAUGAGGCAGCUGAAAGAAUUUGUUUAUAUCUGGGUCGUUCCACGAAAUUAGUUCUUUUUCGUCCCUUUGAUAUUUUAAGUAGACAUUGUGCACAAAUAAUAAGCAUGUUAUAUUUAAUAUAGACCACAUGGAAAAUACAACAAAUCUGAUUUUUUAUGUGAAUGAAUACUUGCUAAAGUGCCAAAAUGUAUCAUUUUGACAUGUCCCUCAGUUUAUCCUCUUUGACUCCCUAGGAAGAUUUUAACCCGCUUAACCCCAACAUUUGUCCAAAUGAUCACCAUCAUUGUAAGCCCUAGUUAUUUUGUGGCUUUGACAGUCAUUUCUGAAGAUUAUUAUUUAUUUAGUGUCAGUGAUUUCAUUACUUAUUCUUUUUUUAAACACCUGUCCCUUAUUUUAUGGUCAACCCUGUUAUGUGAAAUGAACUCUCGUUUUAAUAUGGUGAAACUAUUCCAUGUUGGAAAAAAAUUGUUUCAAAAGAGACAUUGAACAUUUAAUAGUAAAAUCUGAAAGCAGGUGAGCUAGUUCUACUCAUUUUGGCCGUUUUGUGUUGGGAAACUGAGUGGGUCGAGUAUAAUACAUCAACCCUGUUACCCAUGGAUAGACAGGCUACAAAUCUUUUAACAAUGUCAUUGUUAGUGAAAUUGCCACUGCUGCACACAAGCUUCCAUUCCCUCUGUCACAAGGGGAUUUAUGGCUGCUUUAAGGUUGUCGUCAACCCUGUUACUUUAUUUGGCACUUAAUAAGCAGUUAAUAUAGUCAUUUUUUUAUUUAACCUCAGAUGGGGAUUUUAAAAAAUAUAUAUAUUUAUAAUUUGAACAUGUGCUCUUUAUGACAGAAUGUUAUAAUUAUGUGAAAUAAAACAUUUAUUUUCACCAAGUUACGCUACUCAAAAGGUACCUAUUUGGUGGAACGACCCAUUUAAUGAUGGAUUUAAUUUUGAAAGGUAUUGUGUCAAGCUUUAUCAAGUGCCCAACAUGUUUGAAUUAAAUAGAUGAUUUAGGAUUAGAAAUGCUUGUUGCGAUGAUUUCAGAGAAUGUAAAGUGUAGUUUGAUAUGCAAUUUCAAUGUGACAGUAAAGGGUUAGCCCUAACCCUUUUUUAAAAUCACAACUUAGAUUUACCAUUCUUUUCUUGUUCUAAUUGCUUUAUCCUUAUUUCUUAUUUUGGUGUUUAGUAACAAGUGUUUUAUGGGCUGAAACAAUUUGCUUUGAGAAUGCAGAUAAUAAUACCAUUGUAUUAUUUUUCCUCUCAUUGCAUUUCAUUUGAUAAAGUGCUUGCUUCUGGUAAUGCCAAGAAAGUAUCUGUUUUCUUCAGUCUUAAUUGACCAGCUCAUCCAUAUCCAAUAGUUUUCCCAGAUCAGUUUGUGCUCUUGCCAACACACCAAACAAUAGUUGGCAAGAGCACAAACAGAUCUGGUACCAGCCUAUAUCCAAAAGACGGUGUGCAUCAUUUAUCCCAAUGCUCUAAAAAGAUGACGGUUUGUUAGUGACUCUCUUCACUACUUGACUUUUUGCUUUAACUUUUUUGGAUCGUCUUAUUUCACAUCUUAUGCUCCUUGUUUCAUUUAUGGAUAUAGAAGUCUAUAGUACUUUUUUCAUUAGUUUACUAGAUUUUCAUUUGGAAAAUAGAUUUUUCUGGGGGGGAGGGGUUUAUUGCCUUUUGUAUAAUUGGAUUUUGUAAGCAUAUUUUACUGCUUUUUAUAGGAAAAUUACAAAUUUUAUGUUCAAUUUAGGUAACUUUCAUCAGUUACAUCACUCUUGUUGCUGUCUUACAGACAAAUGAACCAUUUCUUGAUUUCAAAAGUAAACUCUUUGUUUUAUACUUUAUUUAAUAGUCUAUUUAUUUUUUACUUUUAUUUAUUGUUCAUAAUUACACUGAGCUGGGAUUUAUUCGUAAUUGAAGGUUGUCUUGUCACAAACUAUUCGUUGCCCUUCAUUCAUAUUUGAUUCCAUUCGUUGCCGUUGACCAAUGAUUGACGCGCCAAAAAACACCACUUACAAUAAAGCCUGAAAUUUGACUUCC